AGACGUCCUCACAAAACAAAGGAACUAGAAACAUUAAACCUUUCACUUGCCAUCAGUGUGGAAGAGGUUUCAGUCACAAACAAACCCUUAACAGGCACAUGAAAAUUCACACCGGAGUGAAGCCUUUCGCCUGCCAACAGUGUGAAAAGAGAUUCUCUGACAGAACAAACCUUGACGGCCACAUGAGUGUUCACACUGGAGAGAGACCUUUCACCUGCUCUCAGUGUGGAAAGAGUUUUACACAGAAAAAAAUCCUAAAUGCCCACAUGAGUAUUCACACUGGACGGUGCCUGUACACCUGCAAACUGUGUGGGAGGAGUUUCUCACAAAAAGGUCAUCUUAAGGAUCACAUGAGAACUCACACUGGAGAAAAGCCAUUCACAUGCGAUCAGUGUGGAAAGAGUUUUACACACAAAAAAAGCCUUAAUGUCCACAUGCAAUAUCAUACUAUCAGAUUUAAAGAAAACCUUAACAAUUACAUUACGAUUCACAAAAGAGAGGGGGCUUUUAUAUGUCAUCAGUGUAGAAGGAGCUUCGAAGACAGCAAAUGCCUUAAGAAUCAUGUAAAAACUCACGCUGGAGAGAAGCCUUUCAUGUGCGAUCACUGUGGAAAGACUUGCGCAAACAAAGCAAACCUUGAGAAUCACGUAAGAGUUCACACUGGAGAGAAGCCAUUCAUCUGCCCUCAGUGUGGAAAGAGUUUCCCGUACAAAGGAAACCUGAAGAUUCACAUAAGAGCUCACACUGGAGAGAGGCCUUACAAGUGUCUUCAGUGUGAGAAGACUUUCAUGUAUCACUCAGGCCUGAAGCGUCAUUUACAGACUUGUGCCUGUUUCACAACGCAAGCUUGAGCUUCACGUCAGCGGCUCCAAAGCUGCACAUUUCUAUACAAAGACAGCUAUAAAUUUGUUUUUCAAAGUUGAUUUACAAAACUAAGCCAUAUGCAUUCAUUCUGAACGACAUCAGUUCAAUUGUGAUCCAUGUAACAUUUUUUUUUCUUUUGCCAUCACACUUAACAGAUGCAUAUGAAAAGACAUAAAUGUGAGACCCUGUUUGUGGUCCUUGUGAAAACAGAAAAUGUAUACGUGUGUGUGAAAUUAAGGCUCUG